CCUGCAACAAAAAGUUAAAGUAGUACGCCUGGAUUUAGCAAACGAAAGUCCAUAAAAAGGAACAAAAAGGUUAUAUAAAUAAUUAAAAAUAUGUAAUUAUGGUUUAAUUUAUUUUUGUGAUUGGAGUCUUGAAACGUCUGUUCUAAACAUUUCUUGAUUUUCCAAAGCGUUGGCACUUGUGGAAGACAAUGGAUCUCGGCAUUCGUCAGUUAUUGGCAAAAGCCGAAUCUGAACAGGACGUCGAGGCUUUGAAGAAUGCGUAUCAUUUGAUCAAAGCAGCUACGGAAGAAAGAACAGCAUCGGAUACGACUGGGAGCUUCAGUCCCGAAUUAAAUGUUCUUUGUGCAGAGCAAGCGCUCCAGUUGGGCAAUAAGGAGAUCAGUAAGGACUGCCUAAAGAUGUACUUUAAGGGACAACCUCCAAAAAGUCAAUUUCUUGGCAGAGCUUAUUUGUGCCAAGGCCAGCUGUUUGCUCCAGAAACUUUUGGAAACGUGGAAGAACUGGAAAAGGCAGCUGUGUAUUUCCUUAAAGCAAUUGAGAUUUCAAAAGAACAGCCAAGGUACUACUUUGUGAUUUUCAAUGCAUCUGUGCUUUACUGGCAAAUGGUCAGACCAUUCCUCAGACCUGGAUUUCGUCAAUUUUUAAUACCCACUUUAACUCAGGUCUGCAAAUCUCUGGAGGAAAUCGGAGAGUCAGAUUACAGUUGGAGGGCACAGCUAAUGUUAGAGCUAGUGGAGUCCUUUUUAGAUGCAAGAAAAAUUAAAGAAGCUGCCAGUUUUGCUAAAGUUACAUCAGAAUUCAUUGAAGCAAAUGCUCCAGAUCUCUACCCAAAGAUCUUUUCCCUUCAGGUACGCCACAAACUAAUGGAUCUUGCCAAAGCAGCCAAGAAAGCCAAAGCUAAUCUUGGUUUAGCAGUUAUUUAUAAAAUGCAGAAAAUAAAAUCUCAACUGGAGACCAAUGAAUCAGUAAAAGACAGCGCAGCACAACUGAAAAACAUUUACCUUCUUCUGGUGCAGUCUGAAUUAGGACGCUCACUAAGUCCAUUCCAAGGUUCUGCUUCUAAGCUGACAGAGAGUGUUUCUCAGAUCCCGGUGUCAGAAAGGAUUUCACUGCUUAAGGAAUUAACUCGCCUUUCAUUAGAAUUAAGAUGCCCUCAAAUUGCUGCUGAAUGUUUAAAAGAACUGAAGCGAGUUGGACUUUCAGAUAUUGGAGUUCUUAUAGAGAUAGAAUGCUUGAAUUGUGAACUUGAGCUGCAAAACCAAGGAACAAAAAUUGAAGAAUUGUCUUUUUUUAGCCUUUUGUUUCAGUUGCGAUGUCAAGUCCAUACAGAGUUAAGUCUCAUAGAAGAAGGUGAAGAUCGAAUAGAGACUGCUGUAGAGCAUAUUCAGAAAGCGUUACGUUUGGAUGAAAAAGGAAUAUAUCAUGAUCGUCUUCACUCAGCACUUCACCCGCUUCAGUUGCGUAAGAUGUUGUAUGAGACUCCUGAAAGAAAUGAAGACCAGGCAGCACUGUUCAUAGAGCAGGCAAAGAAGGGAAACCCAAAUGAUGAUGUGAGGAAGAAACGCCCACUUUUGGUAAAUUCGGGUAUAGCUCUGGCUCCUGAUGCAUUUCAGGUUGUUCUUGAUGGAGACAACGAAACCAAAGUUCCAAAAACUAGCAACAGAAAUUGUCCAAUAAGCCAACUGUGUGCUAAAGCUCAGCAUCAUAUGUGUUGUAUAAAGAAGGCAGACGGACACUUAAAAAGACUUGGAAAUAAAAAUGACAAAGAAAGGGUGAAGAUAUGGGCUGCUUUAGCAAAAUUAGCAAGAAAACAGGAGGUUUGGGAUGUUUGUCGUUCAGCUUGCAGGUUUUGUCUAAUGUAUGAAGAUGGACGUUGGAAAGCCUCAAAAGAUAACUGUGAACUGAAAGAUGAUGAAGGUACAGUUCAAAGAAAUCAGACUGAAGGAAGUUUAUCAACUGGAUCAAUACCAAUGCAAAAGCAAUGUUGUACAUCUGAAAGGGAUUUGAUCAGACUGCUUGCAGAAAUUCGAUUCAUAAAUGCAGAGGCGACAGUUCACAAAUUAAUGUCAGAAGGUGUACAGCUUAAUGCCAAGCCUGUUCCACAAGAAGAUAGAAGCAAACAUCCUGCAGGAUACAUUAAAAAAAAUCCAGAAGAAAAUCCAGAAUGGCUAAUCUACAGAGACUGGAUUCAAUACUUGUCACUUUAUGCAACAGAAAACUUUUUGCGAGCUGCAGAGAUGGGAGCAGAGUUAAAUGAGUCUUGGAUUGUUUAUAAUGCUGCUGUUUACAUCUGGAACUACAACAGCCACCUUAUAAAAGUUGGACGACAAAAGGAGCUUGUUGAUACAUUUCAGAAAUUGAUAGAUUUGCUUAAACAGACGGGGCACUCUGGGGAGACCAUGCUUCUAGUAAUGCUCUGCAAUACUGCUGCACAAGGCCUGAUUCUUCCAUGGAUUCCAACAUCGGCCAAAACCAGUAAUGAGAAACGAGAUCUCGAAAAGACUUCUCCCACUGAUAAGAGCAAGAAAGGUGCUGUAAAAGGAAUUGAAAAGGCAGGCAGUGUGCAGAGCUUUUUAUUGGAUCCCAGUGGAGUAGUAGAUGUAAAAAGAGCAUUGGAGGUUUGUGAAUAUGCACUGCAUUUGACAAUUGGCAAUGUGCCUGCUAAUACGGUGCCCAUUGCUGUACGACAUCAGAUUAUUGUUACUUGGGUGAGAUUGAAGCAGCUUCUCCAGCAACAAAUUGGACUGAAGCUUGACUUUGAUGAUGAGAGUAAGAAUGAUCGUCAGAGUGCUAUGACAAAAGUGCUCGUUGGACUUGAAAUGCAUGCAUGUAAUAACUCCAAGUUAAUGGAAUUUUCUACUCCUACUCUUUCUGUGUUAGCCAAAAUGACCUCAGAGUGCAAAUGGACUGAUCCAGUUGUUGAACUUCAGGUUUGGCUGCAGCUAACACACUUUGCUCACUUGUGCCGUGAUCAUGAAUUAGUGAUGAUGUGCUCCCAGCGGGCACUAGAGCUGGAAGCUGCAGCUGUAAAAAAAGUAACUUCUAAAAAGCAAGAAAUAUACAAUUCCAAAUUAGUCCAGGAGAUGUUGAGUAAUGCAGCUUGUAUUAAGGGACAAAGUAUAAUGCAACAAUCAACAGGACAGCCACAUAUAUGUGACAUGGCCUUGGCAUCAUUUGAAUUAAGUGCCUGUUAUGCAGAAAAGGCUGGCAGUCAGUCACUUUGCAUGAUAGCUGCACGACACUUCUGGAAUGCUUGUCUGCCUUUUACACAUUCGCCGUCAGGGAGAGAACAGUUAAGAAAACCCAUAGAAAAGAUUCUAAAAGCCAUCUCUCGUACAAGCAAAAAAGAGAAAACGGGUGAAUUGAGUAAAUUUAAUGUACCACAAAAUACAUUAUCAGAAGAUUCUUCUGUGGUAAUUGGAUUGGCAUUUGAAUUUUCAGCUACAAGUUUAGGAAAUCCAGAGGAUGAUCUUACUCUGAGAGCUGCUUUAUAUGGACUUUUAUUCCAUAUUCAGGCUGACAGGAAUGACUGGGAAUCUGGGCUUCAAGUUCUUGAUGAAGCAAUUAGGGAGAUGCCACGAACAAAACAUAGACUCCUCAUUUUCAAACACCGUGUUACUGUAAAGGCAAGACUUGGGCAGAGUACACUAAUGGAUAUUCAGAAAUUCAAAGACGAGAACGAAGAUUAUGUUUCCUACAUGUGGCACCGUGUUGCUUUGUGCUCUAAAGAAACUACUGAACAACUGAUAUGUUUUCAGAAUGCAAUUUCAUCACUGCAGCAACCAGAAAAUGACUGGCAAAAAGUGGAAUACCUGAUUGAAUUUGGGGAGUGGCUCUACUGCAGUCAGUUCCCAAUCUCUGAUGCUCUUCUGCAGAUUGACUGGGCUAUUGAUGUUCUCCUGCACAUGGAAUUUGAAGACAUGAAACAAUAUGAAAUUGAAGAAAAACAGAUCUCUAGGUCAGUUGGCAUGCACACAGCAGAGAAAGAGAAGACUGAAACUCAUGAGCAACCAAAAGCUUCUAAAAUGGAAGAAAAGGCUAACAUGAACAAUCAAGUAUCUGUGAGAUGUCAGUCAGAGAUCGGUGUGAAAACUGCAAAUUCCAAUCUGUAUGUUGCUGAACUAAAAAAUGUGAAACAGCUUGAGGCUCUAUUUAGAGCUCAUACAUUAAUGGCAAUCAUUGGAGGUUGUGCUUCGCCUCAACACCAACAACAUUGUCUUAUGGCUUAUACUUACAUAUUGCGCAUCUGGCAGGUAUCUUUAGCAACUGCUGGUGCACUUAUUAAGGAUUCACUGAAGAAUUCAUCUAUCCCUCCUUCUCAGCCUACACCAGUUGCAACACCAAAGAAAGACAAAGGAAAAAAAUCUAAAGAGCCACCACUGCCUCCUCCUGUCGUUCAAGAAAAAAUUAAGCGAAAGGGACCCCUGGAAAAUUUGCCUCCUAACCCUGAAGAAUGGGCUGGCUAUGACUGUCCUGAGGAAGUCAGACAGGCUUUCAAGCAGGAUACAAGUUUAGUUGCAAAAACGUCUUCACAGCUUGGCCUAAAUUUGUCUGCAGCAUACCAUGAGAAAGUUGUUGGAGCAGUAUUCAUAUAUGAAGAGGAACAGAUGAAGUGUCGACAAAGUCUUGCUUUGCAGAAGGAGACAGAUGGAGCAAAGAUGAAUCCCCCUGAAAACAAUACAGGCAAAAAAGUAUUUUAUGACAAAAAUAAUUUCCUUGGGAGAAAGAAAUUAAGUGGAUUAUGUGUUCAUGAUGUGUGGCUUGACAAGGCUGAAAUAUUACUUGAUAUGGGUUUAUACCAACCAGCAAGAUUGCUGUUGUCUGAAGCCCAUAUGGUUGCCAGGGAACUUCAUGACAAAUCUGCAGAAGCACAAUGUUUACUUCUUUUUGCUGUUUUGGCCAAUUAUGAAAAGAAUCACAGUCAAGCCAAAGCACUGUUAGAAGAGGCACAAAAUAUUGGUGGUGAUGAAAAUUUCUGGUUCAGAGUGACCAUGUGUCUCGAGAAGGCUACAUUAGGAGGAGAUGGCGAAAACAAGGAAGCAUUGGCUUGUAAAAUUUUAGAGCACUCAGUGUCGAUUUUCAAAUCUGCAUUUGAGGAGCAACGUAACAGAAUAAUGCUUGCAUGCCACACUGGUGACAAAGAUGGCCAGCAUCGGUACCUUUUAGACUCCUACUUACUGAUGCAUCAAGCUGUGGCACUGAAGGAGGAAACACUUCUCAAUAUACUCAGCCUGCUUCAGCUUCAGGAGACAAGAAGAAUGACCUUACCAGCGAUGAAGAAUCUAGCUAUUUUGAGACUUUCUCUGGUGGACAUGACCUUAGAUAUGCUUGAUUUUCUAUGCAAAGAAGAGAAAAGACAAGCUUUAGCUGCUGAAAGAAAAGAUCAUGUUCAAAAAGUGGUAGAUGACUUUGUGAGACCCACUCCUGACUAUACAUCUGUACAACAGGACUGGAGAACUACAGGCAAGACAUUGGGACAAGUAGCUCUGACUCAAUUAGAAGCUAUAAAUAACUUUUGUGUUGGUCCUGUGGAAAUGAGGACCAGGUCCUUGUGCCUGCUGGGAAAGUGUCUGAGAUGUCUUGCUGUUCAGGUGGACCCCCUAAAUUCUUCAAUACAGUGGGACACUUCAUUUAUGAAUGAAGGAAAAAGUAGUUUACAAGAAGAUCCUGCUGGAACGGAGAAAAAGCUUUCAUCAGGACAAAACUUGGAAAUUGGUGGACGCCAGGAGGAACAGCAGUAUUCAUUAAAAUCUGCUAAGAUUAGGAGUAGAAGAAUUGUGGCUCAGCAAUUCCUGGCUCAAGCAAGUGAAAUACUGGCACAAGCUGUCAGUUUAUCGCUGAACAAUAAAUUCACUGAAAUCCUUGCAGAGGCGAGUCUUAAUAUGCUUGAAUGUUUUGGACAUUUUGAUCCAGCUUCUUCUGGUCAAUAUUUGGCCCUGUACCAGAGCUGUUACUGUUCACACAUGAUGAGUGAGAUUCUUAAGACUGUUAACAAUGAUACUAGUAGCUCCCAACUUUCUGCAUUGCUGAAUCUCCAUCAUAAUUUACAAUCUAAAAAGAAUGAAGCACCAAGUGAUCUACAGAAAACUGUUGAAGAGACGCUAAGUGGGAUUUCAAAGGCAUAUACAAACCUGAAUAUUCAUCCACACCACCUCAACCUUUUGAAUGAGCUUCCAGUUAACUUUAAAAUUGUAAUACUUCAGCAUUCAGACAAUGGGUCUGUAUUGUAUGGAGCGUUUAUUGAAAAAACAAAACCAAGUGACAGUCAGAAAGGAAAGGGGAUUCAGCCAUCUGGUACAUUGGUGUGCACUAAAGUUGCAAAAACAAUUGUAAAUCCAGAAAUAUUCUUCAGGCUCCUUACAAGCAUUCAAUUUUAUAAGGAAGAGACAAUGCAUAUUCUUCUAAAGGAGCAAUAUCAGCUCAGCCAUAUUGCACAACAUGGAAACAUGGAGCAAGCAUUAGAAGAUUGUGAAAAAGGAACAAAUCUAAUGGAGAAAAUCACCAAAGAAGAUGAACUUGCAUCUCAGUUCAAUGAUACUGUUAAACAAAUGGAAGAUUACCUAAAUCCUGUUCUUUCCCAGCUUGGCAUUUCUAGUUUCAGGGUACAGACUCCAUCAGCCUCCAUUUUCCAUUUGCCAGAGUCUGGCAAGAUGAAAGACAGAGAGGAGAAAUCUGCAGUUGACAAAGGUUUAUCUGGUGCACCUACUGAUAUGGGAGAAAGUUUCAUUGUACUUGCCGACAAAUUGCUCAUGGAGUUGCCUUUGGAAGCAUUGAGUGUUCUUCAGGAGGAUGGCGUUAGCUCAGUUUCAAGAGAUUUCUCAUUGCAGCUUCUCUACAACCGAAUUCAAAGGGAAGAAGCAGUUGAAGGUGACAACAAAAAGGAGACCAAAGGUACAAAAGGGGCAAAAGGAAAAGGAGAUCAAAGCAAAUCCAUCAAAGUGGUGCCUGUUAAUCGUGCUUUGCCACCAAGCUGUAUCCCAGUAAACACUCACAACUUCAAAUAUAUUGUUGACCCUUAUAAUGAUGCUAGAGAAACAGGAUCAGACAAUCCAGUGGAUAAGUUGAGAAGAAUUGUAGAAGUAUACAGCCAGCAGUUCACUCCUCAUUGGGAAGGAAUUAUGGGCAGUGGACAUACUCCAAGUCAUGCUGAACUUGAAGAACUGAUGAAUAACUGCAGUGCAUUCAUUUUCUAUGGGGCCGAACGAUUUCUAGCGAACAUCAUACCUUCUAAACUUGUUGCCAUGAAUUUUCAAGAAUGCCAGCUUGUGAUCAUUUUUGAUCUUGUUCAGAACAGCUUAAGUGUACGUAGACAAUCAAAACUGGAUAUAGAAAAAAGUGCUUUGCAUUUGUCAUUGGAAAGACCGCUUGAAACAGCUGUUCUUUUGAGUCUUGCUGGUGUUCGCUCCAUAAUGGCUAACCAGUGGCAUAGUACUUUUAAAAAAAAUACUACCAAGAUGGAAUUACUUAUAGAAAAUCUCUUGAAAGUGGGAAUGACUUCUGGCCAGGCAGUUCAUGUAGCUCGUAAAAGUGAAAGUCAAAGCUUUCCAUGUGAAGAAAGGGAAUUGGUUACC